CAGAAACCCACCAUAGGGUGUUCAUUUUGCGAAUAAUAUGUUAUAACAUCAUAGAUACUUGAGUUGCUACACGAGAACAAUAUGAGCGAUUUUGUGAAAAAGGGGUUCAUGCGAACAGGUUCUGUAGCGUUUCUUGUCGCAGAUUUCUUUCUGUUCGAUGGGUGUGCGCUGGACUACUUCGACACCAGCUGCGCGGGCUGCGGUGUCGUGCGGCAUGUCGAGGCAAGAUCGUUUCGACCGCUACCUGCCAGCGAUCUGCUCGGGCAGCCCGCGCCGGGCCGGCGGGAUCAUUUCUUGCGGCAGCCGUUGCUAGAAACGGCGACCCGGGAGGACCAGCCGGGGGGUCCGGACUUGCUGAAGGAGAAGGUGGAUCUCGGAAAGACCCUUUUGUCCGCCUCUCUAGCCAGUACGGCGCUGCCUGCCUCCACGCUCGCCUCGACGGGGUGGACCGACGACGCGGACUUUUACGACCUGCAAGGAACUUUUCGAUCUGAUGCACUUCCUUUAUUGCCCGUGAGAGAGAGACGGCCUGGUUGUGGAGAGCACACCCAAGAAACCUCAGAGAGUGCUUCGUACGUCGCAACUUGCGAACUACCGGGCGGGGAGUCAUCUGUCACGGCGCAGCUGCACUCUCCUCGCGACGACCAGCCGGGCUGCGAUGCUCGUGGGUCGGCGUCAAAAUUCGUAUCCGCGCCAAGAUCUUCUUGCGUCAGUAGUGCAAGAAAAACCUCUGGGGCUGCUUCUUCUUUUUCUGGCGGAAAGCAGCAAAAGCAAAAGGUCGCUGUCGCGGAUCAGCAAGGAGGCCUCCUCCAGGAAGCAAACAAAGAGGCGCUGCGUCAUGAUCCUACUGACGUGGAGCCACGAUCAUGUGCGGAGGUCGGUCUACCUUCUGGAAGUCUACCGGCGGCGGCCGCGGGUUUAGCCUCCUCCUCGGCUGCCGCAGCUUCUUCGAGCCGAGCACCACGUGACGUCGUAGCACGAGCGCGAGGACCUUCGGCCGGCGAGAGAGUGGCAAAUCUGGCCUGCCUCGCAGGUAUGACGCUAAUGGGGGCGACCGCGUGGUACGCCACGGCCCACCAUCUGCGGAGUCCCUGCACACGACAGGACGACUUUGACCGGUUAUCAUGUGUGAAAACGUCCCCACCCCAGAGUUGUCAUGCAAAUCUGCAUGCUGACAAUGUUUCUCAUGCGGAGCCCCAUGAGAAGCAUUUUCCAUUCGUGUUUUGGAAUUUGUCAUGCUCCAAUCAGCAUGAUAUACUAGAUCUGUGAUGCUGCUGAGCUAGCUCAAACAGCACUGCAACAUGAGUCCAGAUUUGUCAUGCGGAACAGCCAAAACUUGUGGAUUUGUCUAGCCGACUCCCCAUCUUGACUAUGGUGUGGGGACGUUUCUACAUAGGAUACCGGUGGCGAAGCAGUCAAGCGAGCGCGGGGCACGUGGACGGGUCAACACUGGUAACUGCUGCAGACGAAGAACCGUCUUUGGGCGGUACGUGGGCUGAUUUUUAUGAAGGUCAUGCCGCGCUGCACGACGGCAGAACGAGAGAGGAAGGUGCUCUUCCGAGCGAAUAUGUUGAGCGACCUUUUUUCACCACGCAAAGUGGGCGGGCACCGGAACUCCGGAAAAAUUUUCUCGGCAACAGCAGCGAUUAUACUGCUGGCAGUACUUCUACUACGGGCACAGGGUCGUCCUCAGCGAGAUCCAGCCAUGACUUACUUUUCGCCCCCGGCGGCCAGGAUUUUCUGUACGACCGGCAGGGGCGUCUCGCUAGGGCCAACGUCUACGUCCUCCCCUCCGCGGGCCCGGUGCCGUGGAAAUCAUUCGGCGUGACGGGCAACAAGAAGGACGGUGUUUUUGAAGACUCUGGUCGUGGAGAGCAGGCAACGAGUGUAGCUUAUGAAGACCGUGACAACUCGUGGCAACGAACCUCAGAGGCGGAAAAUCAUUCAUCAAGAAGGACUCACAACAGCGUCGUAUGGACCGUCGCCACACAGCAUCAUAAGAUAAAAAGGGACACACCCCCUGCGUACAGGAAGGAAGAGUUCGAUCGGCUGCUUGUCCUCCAGCAUCAAGGUAGAGAUCAGAACGCGCCGCGCGGUGCGAUCGCGUCCGUGGAGGUGUCUACGGUGCCGGCAGGUGGGCAAGUCGGUCCAGCACGAACCUACGACCGGACCGAACAGCCCGAGGGUUUAAUAUUCGGCACGACCUGGGUCGAUUCCACGAGCGCAGUGCAGCCGCGUGGUGGGGCUGAACAGGUUCAGCGGGAGGAAGCAGCAGACGAGACGGCGCAAGGGCCAUAUUAUAAUUACCAGCACAACCACCACGUCCUUUUGCCGCCGUGGUCCUCUCUUCGUCCUGCUGAUGCGCCAUCUACUUCGAGAGGACUACCAUUCGCGCCAAGCUUCUCGGAAAAUGCGGAGGACACGAGUGCUACCUCUUGGGCCAUUGCCGCGCAGAAUUUUCACGACAACAUCGUUCUCGCGGAGGCGUACGUUGGAGAGGCGAAGAGGCCUUUGAAGUUCAUCAUCGACACCGGCUCCUCUGAUAACUGGGUGCUGCAGCGUUUUUCACAUGAAAAAGCGUCUCCUCCUUGUCAGCACACUGCGUCGAAGAUUAGCUGCAGUAGUGCUGCGCCAGUAGCACAUAGUACACAUAAUUGGAUGGAGACAAGGACAACAAAUUUAACGCACGGCAAUGGAGGUGCAAAAAGAGCUCCAAAUAUGUAGAUGCAUUCUUUCAAAAUCAAUACAACUUUGAUUUCUUGGCAAAAGGAGUCGCGCGUCUAUUGUCCGACGGAGCGCACGGCUUCCAGUUGGUAGCGAAGCGUGAGUUGCACAUACAACUGCAGACGUCCCAUGUGUUAUAAUACGGAUCACUACAAUUGUUCGCGCGAACAAGCAAGGUAGAGGACGACUGGUUUUGCUUUUAUUGCGUUUUCCGGAAGCUCGCUGGGGGGAGCAGGUGCUGCGGAACACCUUCGACGUGAAAAAAGAGAGAAGCGAAGACUUCUCUUGUGUCAGGAUGCAGGACGAAAAAAAGGACCGGCGCGACGAGGGUAUGAAGAACAGAGACAGGCGGGAGCAAGAAAAGCGAAAACAUCAGCCUCCGUUUGCAGAAAUUGACAUCCGGUACGGAACCGGUGAGAUUCGGGGUGAGAACUGCCGAGAGCGACUCGCGCUGAAGCUCAACACAGAAGCCAGACGAAGAACCGACACGAGUGCUAGUGUAGCCACGUCGCCCGCGGCCUCGCCGGAAAUUCCAUCCAACCGGCUGCAACUCCCGGAUGUCAGCGAAAUGCUAAUGGUAUACAGUGUGGACAGCUUCUAAGAAAACGAAAGAAAUUUUUUGUCAGAGGGCGUGGUCUUCUUGUGAUUCAGGCUGGAAUCAUUCACGUACUUUUUGUUUGCGCAGCUGCAUCAGCACUAUGCGCUUUGGGUCAAAGUCGAACCGGCAUGCGCGGAGAAAAUGAAAUUUAAAUGACUUAGCAUGCACUUGGGCCCAUCAAUUGCCUUUACUUCCUCUUAAAAGUCAAAGAUAAACUUGCAAGGAGUGGAAGGCUUUGCGCUGACGUGAUCAUCAUGGAUAGGUAGUGUCGCAGCUGCUCCUGUCUUGACACGGCGCUCAGAAGGAAGGAUCAUUUGUGAUCAUUGGGUCGCACUUGCUCUGAAGCCCGUUGUUCUGACACGAAGUUUCUCUUGGACAGUGUUAUGUUCGAAAUGGCGCAAGAGGUGGGCAUCAGCGGCCUUCUCGGCCUGGGCCUUCCGGACUUGGCGGCCAUUCACGGGGCCAACGCAUUAUCCUGUGCAAAAGUAUCGCACUCGUAGUAAUCGCAGUCAUGCAUUACAAAUCUCUUUCUUAAGGCAAACCUGCAUUACAAAUUUCAUUUCUAAUGCUGAGGAAAUUUGUCAUGCGAUUUAUACUAGUACGAUGCUUCUGCAUUUCAUACGCAUCCGCCGACGACGAAAAGACCGAGGUGCUCGUGGAGAAGCUGGCACGGAUAUCAAAGAGAGAAAUCUCCCCUCCCCAUAUCGAAACAAAGUUUCUGAUGCUGGAUUUGCGUACACAAAUCAGGUCUGUAUUGCUGGAGAGGACUGCAGGCAUGUGCCAAGCCUGAGGCGAAAGGUUUUAACAUAGGCGACUAGCAUGACAUAUGUCUAUGCUGUAAGAUAAGCAGCAUCACAAACCGCCUGCAUAGUGCGGCGGACUCUCUGGCUUUGCCUUCUUGCAAGACAGACAGGAUUUGUGGCCACAUAUUUUCCGACGGAUGCGCUUUCAACACGGGGUGGGGGGAUUUUUCGUCGCAAUGACGGAAAGUCCGCGAAAGCUCCUCUUCUUCGACGCUGGGCAGGGCAAGGACGGAUAGCAAGAACACCACUGCUCGUCUUGAAGAUGCAGCUUCGUCUGCUUCCCCACAUGAUAUCUCGUCGACAUCAACAAUCGAGCGUGAGCAGCGGAAGCACGAGACAACACCGUCCGACACACAGCGGUUUCUGUCUCCUAGAAGUAGGUUGUCGAACGAGAAGGAGAAGAACAAGACGAGCGAUCACGAACCACUGGAUGACGUUCCUGCAAUGCGAUUUGAACUGCCUUGCUUCUACACAAUUAUGCAGGACGAAGUGGGAGCAGGAGGUCAAACAGAGGGGCAAGAGAUUGUGAUGUUCCCGCAACACAGGUCACAGGUUCAAAACAGCCCCACAGGGCCGCAGCGAAGAAGAUACGGGCCAGAGAAAACACCAGGGCAAACGCACGAGGGGGGCGGCGAAGGUCCUUCUAGAGGGCGUCACCAUGAGUCGCAUGCUGGUCUUUAUUCCGGGGACCAACGCAACCGCUACCGCCAACCGGGCGCUCGGCCGCGGCAUUUUCAGGGCCAGGGGACCCUGUCGGUGGGUGCGUUUCAGGACAUUGCCCCGCGAGGGUCCGUUCAAAACCCACAAGUGUUGCCUGUUCUCCCCAGCUGGAGAGCGAGGGAAAUGGGGGUAAGAAAGUAUGGGAGAUCUACUUCUCUUGUUCACGCUUAUUCCGAAUUAAACUUCGCUCUUUGAUGUCUGUCAUAAAUUUUUUUGGGUACUACCUCCACCUGUACCUAGAUGCGGCCCUACAGCACACGUGUGUAAGUACUGGGUCGAUCACUUCCCGUACGUAUCAACAUAAAUCGCUCGCGUUGACAGUGCGCACUUCUUUUGAAACAGGCCCAGCGCAAAAGCAACGCAUCCGCCCGCGAUGAAAGACCGAAACGGCACGGGCACGGGCUUGAUGUCGUUCUGGGCAACGAGAGUCACUUUGCGCCUGCGCAAAGCCGGGGGCCAAGCGUACGUGACGAGACAAGCCUGCUGAACGCGCCGAACAACGUGUCCGCAGCGGAAGAGGUCAAGCGGCCAGAGGAUUCCAUGGCGUUUUGGCUGGUUGAUAUCGAACAGGUUUGGUGGUCAAAUCUGGAAACGGCUAGAGACAUCAACCACGAGCACUCGUCCCGCCGGAGCGAGUCUGGCGGUACGCAGCACAAGGAGAAGAGCGGGUCCUCCGGUAGCGCAAAGGACGGAGACAGCGGGCGCCUGGAGGACAUGUAUUAAGUUCUUUGUGAGCCGCCUUGUUCAUCAUUGACGUGAUCAUGGUUCAUACUAGGAUAGUACUAGUACAUAAUGGAUCACCAGUGUGAUUUUGUCUGUCGAAAAAUAUAUCCAAAACAUGAUUUUUUGUAUUGGCGAUUGUUUGAAGUGUUUGGUGUGCCGUGACUGAUAGAUAGAGACGCGGUCGACCACCGCGCGGAGCAAGACCUCCAACACGCAGACGCUACAGCGCUGAGAAGAGAUCUGUUCAUCAGCUUCAAAUGAAAAUAUAUCAGCCUGGGGUUCUUCGACUCUGGAACGACAAUGCUCGUGCUGCCGUACAACACAUACCGCACCUUCUAUCUCUCGAAAAUUUGACCAUUGGCGCAAUUCAAAUCUGAGAUGUGAGAUUGCGGUUUUCUUGUCAUGUAUGAGCAGCUGUACUGUAGCAGCAGAAGCUCUGGCAGUAGCAUGAGAUGUCGUUAGGAAAGCGAGAGGUCUGAUGUUCACUUGGUGAAGUUGUGCUUUUCUCUGCGACUAAGGUCCCCGAAAGAAGUUGCUGCGGUAGCAGGUAGUGGUGGAAAACAUCUGGCGAGUGGCAGUAUUUCAACUCAAAGAAAAAGUACCCAUGUUUCAACACCACUGACAUGUCGAUCGUGAAAUGAGCAAAUUUUUCCUUAUGUUUGAUACGACUCAGCAAGCGUGUUACCCCCACAUCCAACUUGAGGACAAGAUCGAUUACCUCUCCUGGCCCACACACUGCUGCUACAUGAGCGAGGCUCUGAGUCCGGUGCUUCACUUGAAGUUCAGCAAGGAGAAUGGGAAGCAACAGAAGGUGUUUUCGCUGACGAACAAGCACUACUGCGGGGGCGAAAUGGACGCACUGGUGGGGCGGAGCACAGUAGGCAAGAAAAAAGGUGUUACAGUUACACGUUGACUGCUUGACGCACCAGGACACGUCGCAACAAGAGAGACAAGAACUUCUGUCAUGCCGGAAACGCUCGCAAGCCUCGACGCUUCAUGCAUGUGUUUAUUGUUCGAAUCAUGAUCUUGAGCUUGAUAUUGGUUGUCAUUUUCCUUUUCCCAUGGUAGACCGAAUCUCUCCGAUCAAGCUGCCAAAAGAAAUGCACCACCGUAACACUUUUUUCUUGGGAUACACAGGUCUGGAAAACGGAAUCAUUUUAGGGGAGGUCUUUCACCGGGCCUUCCCAGUAACAUAUCUGAUUGAGCCACCCUAUCGAGUGGUCUUGUAACUAGAAGCAGGGCUCAGUUUCUCAGUGCUUACAACAAUAUUUUGGCUAGCUUAGGAGUAAGUGAAAGUCCUUAAGAAGAAGCUCUGUCUGUAUACAAUUUUCGCAAGAAAAUUGCAAAUCAAAUUUUGCAGUUCCUAUUUUUUUUCGAUCACGAGAAUACAAAUUGUCACUGCUAUUGUGCGGCUAGCGUCGCGAUUCUGAUUUGGUCUGCUCUGUCCGAAAAUGAAUGCGUUUUCAUCUCAUAUGAUCUUUGCAAGAAGUUUGUUGUUUUCAAAACGUAUCGAUGCGAUCUCAUUUUUGUUGGCGAAGGUCCUGACCUGGCCGUGAGCUUCGGGAAUGUAAGCAAUGACUACUUACAGAAAGUUUGUUUGCUUUACUGUUUUUGUUUUCGUUUGUGACCGCUAAAUGAUUUUAUUUCGAGCUACCGGGUAAUGUAAGCCUAAGCAUUUAUUUCGGGUGUCUAGCUUGUGAGCCAGACUCUGUCUUCUGAGAACAAAGCAAAGGGAACGUGCACGAUCAUAUUCAACGAAUCUCACGCAAAUAUGUUUGAUAAAUUGCUUUGACGUUAAUUGUGUGCAAUUGAUUUAUUAGUGACGCUCCGAACUCCUGUAGCCUAUU